UCAUUUAUUUUUCUGCCCAAAACUGCGCCAUUCAUGCGUAAAAAAAAUAAGUAGACAAAAAUGAAAUGAAGAUCCAUAAUUAUUCAUCCGCCGACCACCAUCUUGAGAGAGAGAGACACACAGACAAGCCGGCAAGAUGAACUGCUCCCGGGCUCUUAUCCGCACCCUGGCCACCACCACCACCCGCACGGCCCGCUCCGAGACCCACCCAGGCUACAACAAGCUGCGUUCCACCAUGAAGGAGUUCCAGAUUGACAAUGGCCUCCCGAUCCACUAAGGCGGAGUGAUGGACAACCUCCUCUUCCUCUCCACCUUGGGAGUGUCUGGCAUUGGGCUGUUCAUGUGCUUCAAGUUCUAUUUCUCCAUGGCCUUCCCUCCCAAGAAAGAGUGAAUGGAGGGUGUUGAAUUAAUCUCUCUCUCUUAUCUCUCUCUCUCUCUCUCUCUCUGUCGUUUAUUUUUAUCAUUCCGCACUCUCGUGGUUUUUAAAGAGAUGUAAUUCGGUUCUUUCUGGAUAAACUUGGAUAUUCUAGUUUUUUUUUCUCUUUCUUUCUCUCUCUCUUUCGUUUAUUUUUUUUUUUUUUGUCUUUCUGCACUGUCAUUCCUCUCUCAUGAUUUUAAAAAGACUAUAUUACUUAUUCUCUCUUUCUCAUUCCUCAAUCUCAGAGAACAUCAAUAAAUCAAGCAGAAUGUCUCAACCUGAAUAUCUUACUGUAUCUCACUCAUCUCUUUCUUUAAACCUGAAUAUCUUGCUUAAAUCUCACUUCUCUCUCAUUUUUGGUCAUUCCUCAAUCUCAGAGAACAUUUUUACCGAUGAAUUUCAGUUACCUCAGGAUGUUUUGAUGUUUUUGACACAUAUCUUGGUUUGUUUCACUCCCUCUCGGACCGACUGUCUCAUUGUACAUAUUGUGGAGGUGGUGUGAGUGCUUCUGCCUUUCUCCUGCGCUUGUUUUUUGCCGCAGUAGUGUAAAGGCGAAGGAUUAAUAAAGUGAUACGAUAGAGAGA